AUGUCGUUGAUCAACAGGGCUACGAGGGAGAACCACUCUCAUUAUCAUUACAAUCCAUCUUUGGCUGUUUCAAUUGUUGCAGCCGUCCUCUAUGCCAUUGCGUUUAUGUUGACAUUGGUCCAAUGGAUUCAAUACAAAGCCUGGGUUUGGAGCGUCAUGGUGGUGGCAGCUGCAAGUAUGUAUAUUCGGACUCUUUUACUUCUUCAGGUCUCACUUAUACUAGUGGAAGCUGUUGGCUACAUUGCCCGCUGUGUUUCUGUCCAGAACGUAACUGAUAGAUCGGUCUACGCCCUUCAACUCUGCCUUGUCAUCCUCGCUCCGGUUCUCAUGGCCGCAUGUUGCUAUAUCCUGUUUAGUCGUAGUCUGAUUCUUAUAGUCCCCCAAGAGGCGCGCACUCUACGACUGUGUUGUGUCCCUCCCCGAUGGAUCACACCGAUCUUUGUUGGAUUUGAUAUCAUCGCUCUGCUUCUCCAGCUUAUUGGUGCCGUGAUGAUUUCUUCGGUCGAUUCCACGGAUAUAGAUGCACAGGACAAGCUUGAUAGAGGAACGCACAUUGCACAGGCUGGCGUCAUUAUCCAGCUAGCGGCUUUUGGCUUGUUUGCCGUGGCUGCUGUCCGCUUCAACUUUACUUCGAAACGAUUUGCAAAGUCGCUCAGUGAGCGAUACGAGGACCUUGGGGAGAAGGAGUAUAUCAUUGAUGGCAUUGCCAAGAAUAAGCAUUGGCCUGCUUUGUUGCGAGUGGUUAAUCUCACCACAAUUCUGAUUCUUGUGAGUUUUCCACUUUGA